GAGCUGAGCAGAGCCAGAGACUGCAUGGUGGUUUCAGAAACUGCCUACUUAAUUCGGAAAUAACAAUGGUUGGAAAGGCUAGAUCUUCUAAUUUUACAUUAUCUGAAAAGCUUGAUUUGCUAAAGCUGGUGAAGCCAUAUGUUAAAAUUCUUGAAGAGCACACUAAUAAACACUCAGUAAUAGUGGAAAAGAACAAAUGCUGGGAUAUCAUAGCAGAUAAAUAUAAUGCUGUUGGAGUAGAUCGCCCUCCUCGCACAGCACAAGGCCUGCGUACCCUCUAUAAAAGGCUCAAAGAAUACGCCAAACAGGAGCUCUUGCAGCAAAAGGAGGCUCUGUUAGAUCAUAGGAGCAGUAUUUCUGAGCCAACUAAGAAAGUUGUGGAAAUGAUUCCCCAGAUUUCCAGUGUAUGCCUAGGAAGAGACAAGAACAAUAUACAAAGUGCAAACGUGGAUAAGGAAGCGCAUGCAGGUACCAGUUUGCCACAGGUGAUGUUGGAUCACCAUCCUGUUGCUAUUACAGUGGAGUUGGACCAAGAAGAAGAUAUUAAACCACCUCCUUCAUUAAUUGUAGAUUCUCAACAGAAUGAGACAUUAGAGCAAAGAGAAGAACAUGAAUUGGUCCGUAUUAUGGAAAGAGCUUCACCUUCCCUUUCCUCUGUUGAUACAAGAAUGACAUUAUCACCAUCUUCCCUUCCAAGGAGAGAUGAAUUUUUUAGACAUGAAAGUGGAGAACAUUUUAGACCAUUAUUUGGAUAUGAUCCACAAACAUUGCAAAUGAUGAAAGAGGAACAUCAGAUAAUUUUAGAAAAUCAAAGAAAAUUUGGACUGUAUGUACAAGAAAAGAGGGAUGGAUUAAAGAGAAGGCAGCAGCUUGAAGAAGAGCUUCUAAAAGCAAAAAUCAAAGUGGAGAGGCUGAGAGCAAUACGCCUAAGACGUGAUCUUCCUGAAUACAACAGUCUCUAAAUAUUUAUCUUCUUUGUCUGAAUAAUCAGAAAAUUUCACCUGUGAUUUAUUUAAUUAAGUGGUUUUGACAAAGUCAAUUCCAUAAGGGAAUGUGCUGGAUCAGAAUACAUAUUCUUAAACUACUAGUUUCCUGCUAUCAUAAGACAACUCUUUAGAAAAGUUUUGUAUUUCAGGUCUUUUGAUUGUUUCAUAUGUCUGUAAUACACAUUUUGAAGUUUCCUC